GAGGAGGCUGAGCCUGGCUCGCUGAGCACCCGGCGCAGGGGCUGGAGAAGCACCGGGCGCCGGCCGCGCGUCCUUUGUGCCCGGGGCCGUGGGGAUGUGUCCGCGCUGAGGAGCCAGCUCCAGUAUGGGGGCCACAUCUGCCUGGGCCUCAGGCCUGCUGGUGCUGAGGCUGCUGCUCCUGGUGGCUGGGGACCAGGACACACAGGACACCGUCACCGCGGAGAAGGGGCUUCACAUGCUGAUGUCAGGCUCGGGGCCCAUCCGCGCCGCCCUUGCCGAGCUGGUGGCCCUGCCGUGCCUCUUUUCCUGGCAGCCACUGCUAGGCACCCUUCGAGACGUCCCUCGAAUCAAGUGGACCAAGGUUCGCACUGCAUCAGGCCAGCGACAGGAUUUGCCCAUCUUGGUGGCCAAGGACAACGUGGUGCGUGUGGCCAAGGGCUGGCAGGGGCGGGUGUCACUGCCUGCUUAUCCCCGGCACAGAACCAAUGCUACGCUUCUCUUGGGGCCACUUCGGGCCAGUGACUCUGGGCUGUAUCGCUGCCAAGUGGUGAGGGGUAUCGAGGAUGAGCAGGACCUGGUGACCCUGGAGGUGACAGGCGUCGUGUUCCACUACCGGGCGGCCCGGGAUCGCUACGCACUGACCUUCGCUGAAGCCCAGGAGGCCUGCCGCCUGAGCUCAGCCACCAUCGCCGCCCCGCGGCACCUGCAGGCUGCCUUCGAAGACGGCUUUGACAACUGCGACGCGGGCUGGCUCUCAGACCGCACGGUUCGGUAUCCCAUCACCCAGUCGCGUCCUGGUUGCUACGGUGACCGCAGCAGUCUACCUGGGGUUCGGAGCUAUGGGAGACGCGACCCGCAGGAACUCUACGAUGUCUAUUGCUUUGCCCGCGAGCUAGGGGGCGAGGUCUUCUACGUGGGCCCCGCCCGCCGACUGACUCUGGCAGGCGCGCGGGCACAAUGUCAGCGGCAGGGCGCGGCGCUAGCCUCGGUGGGCCAGUUGCACCUGGCCUGGCACGAGGGCCUGGACCAGUGCGACCCUGGCUGGCUGGCAGAUGGCAGCGUGCGCUACCCGAUCCAGACGCCGCGACGGCGUUGUGGGGGUCCCGCCCCGGGUGUGCGCACAGUAUACCGGUUUGCUAACCGCACCGGCUUUCCUGCGCCUGGAGCACGCUUCGACGCCUACUGCUUCCGAGCUCAUCACCUUACACCACAGCACAGAGACCCGGAGACCCCCUCUUCUGGAGAUGACGGGGAGAUUGUGUCAGCAGAGGGACCCCCAGCCCAAGAACUGGAGCCCAGCCUGAGGGAGGAGGCAGCACCUGAGUUCCAGGAACCUCUCCUGUCCAGUGGAGAAGACGAACCCCUGGACUCGACAUGGACACAGGAGCCUCAGAGGACCCCUGGCCCUACCCCACGUGGUCCCACUCUGGCUUCAUGGGUGCUCACAGGUGUCCCCAGCCCCAGCAGCCUGGGAGUGGAUAUGGCAGAGACGACACCCUCGGGCACACAGGUAGCCUCCACCCCCAUGGCGAGGAGGGGCCGCUUCAAAGGGUUAAAUGGUCGGCACUUCCAGCAACAGGGCACUGAGGGCCAGCUCCUUGGGACAGCAGAGGCCAGUGCCCAGCCUCCGACUCUGGAAGUUACUGCUGACUUCCUGGGGCCUUCUGCAACCACAGAGGCCUCGGAGAGUGACCAGAGCCACAGUCACAGUCCCUGGGCCAUUCUGACCAACGAAGUGGACGUGCCAGGGACAGGUUCCCAUGGCAGCAGCAGGAGCCCUUCAGAGCCCUGGAUGUGGGCUCCGUCUUUGACCUCACCUGCUGUCACAAGCCCUGACCGUGACCAUGGCCUGAAGCCAGGGACAGCAGAAGCCCCCAUUGUUAAAUCAACCCUCCGCCACCUGCCCUGGUCUCCCUCAGAGCCUCCUGUUCCUCCUUCCAGCCCCUCGGAGGCCCCAAGUGUUGUCUACGAUGAGGCGUCCCCUGAUGACACCUCUCCAGACUUCCCCAUUGUAGCGAUGCUUCGCGCCCCCAAACUGUGGCUCCUGCCACACUCCACAUUCGUCCCCAGUGUGACUCCCAUUCCUCCGUCCCCAGCUUCUCCACUCCCCUCCUGGCACCCAGAAGAACAGGAUGGGGCUCUCAUCGCUGCCGCGCCCAUCAGCCUUGGGGCAGAAGGCCUUGAAACCCCAUCUCAGACCACUAUGGAUGCCCCGGUGGAAGCCAGCCACAAACACCCUGCUACAGAUUCUAAAGAAAUUGGGGGUGUCAACUCCAUCCAGGCUACCAAGCACCCCAGCUCUGGCCCAUGGGUAUCCUUGGACUCCAGUAAUGUGACUGUCAGUCCUGUACCCUCUGAUGCUGGCAUCCUAGGGACUGAGUCUGGGGUCUUGGACAUAUCAGCGAGUCCCACAUCCAGUGGACAGGCCACUAUGAGCAAGGUGCUGUCCACCUGGCUACCACUGCCCAGCCAGGGACUGAACACUGGUUCCCAGUCCUCACCAUUGGGAGGCCAUGGAGUCACCGUGAGUGUGAAACCUACAGUGACUUUGGAGGGAGGCACCCCUGAGGGUCCUAGGAAGGCCACCAUGGAGCUGGUCCCCAGAGGUGCUGAUGCCACUUGGGGGUUGGAACCUAAAAGUUCCAUUUCUAGCACCCAUGUGGCUGUGAGUCCAAGCAUGGACCAAGGGACCAUGGCUGGAGCUCAGGGUGUGCCUACACUGACCUCCACAAGCUCCCAAGACCACCCAGAGCCACAGGACCAGAUGGUGGCCCAGGGGUCACCAGGGCCUCACAGCAGUCUACCUUCUCAUCCAUGGUCAUCCCUGGCCUCCAGCAUGGAUGAAAUGACCUCAGUUUCCUCGGGGGAGCCCACUGGGCUGUGGGACACCCCCAGCACCCUGAUGCCUGUGUCCCUGGGGUUGGAUGAAUCAGACCUGAAUGUUGUGGCCGGGAGUCCAGGAUUGGAGAACUUCUGGGAAGAGGUGGCCAGCGGGCAGGAGGACCCCACAGAUGCCUGCGAGAACAACCCUUGCCUGCACGGGGGCACCUGUCGCACCAACGGCACCAUGUACGGCUGUAGUUGUGAUCAGGGCUAUGCUGGGGAGAACUGUGAAAUUGACAUCGAUGACUGCUUGAGCAGCCCCUGUGAGAACGGAGGCACCUGUAUCGAUGAGGUGAACGGCUUCCUCUGCCUCUGCCUCCCCAGCUACGGGGGCAGCCUGUGUGAGAAGGACACAGAAGGUUGUGAUCGUGGCUGGCACAAAUUCCAGGGUCACUGCUACCGGUACUUUGCCCAUCGGCGUGCCUGGGAGGAUGCAGAGAGAGACUGCAGGCGCCGGGCUGGCCACCUGACAAGUGUCCACUCGCCAGAGGAGCACAAGUUCAUUAACGGCUUUGGACAUGAGAACUCGUGGAUCGGCCUGAAUGACAGAACCGUGGAGAGGGACUUCCAGUGGACAGACAACACAGGACUGCAAUAUGAAAACUGGAGGGAGAAUCAGCCAGAUAAUUUCUUCGCGGGUGGUGAGGAUUGUGUGGUGAUGGUGGCACAUGAGAGUGGGCGCUGGAAUGAUGUCCCCUGCAACUACAACCUCCCGUACGUCUGCAAGAAGGGCACAGUGCUGUGUGGCCCCCCUCCAGCAGUGGAGAACGCCUCCCUUGUCGGCGUACGCAAGGCCAAGUACAGUGUCCAUGCCACCGUGCGGUACCAGUGUGAUGAGGGCUUCUCCCAGCACCAUGUGGCCACUAUCCGAUGCCGGAACAAUGGACAGUGGGACCGGCCCCAGAUUGUCUGCACCAAACCCAGGAGGUCACACCGGAUGCGUAGACACCGCCACCACCAGCACCGACAUCACAAACCCCACAAGGAGCACAGAAAACACAAGAGACACCCAGCAGAAAACUGGGAGAAGGACGAAGGGGAUUUCUGCUGAAAAUCCAGACUAAGCAAGCACAUGCUCCCACACCUCCUCCAGAGCAUUCACCUGGGGAGCCAGGACCCAGACAACCAGGAGAGAGAGGGUGGGAACACCCCUGAGACCCACACCCCUGCGGUCCACUGUACAAAGCUCAGAUCUCCCUUUCCUUCCCUCCUGAGGUCCUCCUGCAGGGUGGCCAGAGUGGUCAGCCCAAGCCUCUAGGAGCAUCUCCCAGCCACGGGAAAAGGGAUCCCGAAGUCUGGCUGCUAGCCUUCCAAGAGGGGGCGACAGUGUGUUUGUGUGUGCUGGGGGUGGCUGUCACCCCAGAGAUUCAGGCUUAGUCAACAGUGGACCGUCCUGAAUCCAGGGUGAAGCCAUGGCUAAAGGUCACUGAUUCGAGAGUGGCGCUCAGCAGAAGCCCACAGUGCAAACAUGACGUGCUCUGGCUUCACCUGGGAUUCCCCGGAAGGGUGGUCUUUGAUGUCUCUGGCUCUCUUUUGUCUUCCUUCCCCACAACCCCCCAGCUCCCCCAUCCCCAUAGACUAGGCGGGCCUUGAACUCACUAAUGUAGCUGUGCACCGCCAUGCCUGCCUGGUUCAUUUGGUGCUGCAGAUGGGACCCAGGGCCUCACGAGUACAGCAAGUGCCCUCUACUAACUACGCCCCAGCCUUGAUCCCUGGUCUUGGUGCACAAAUCUAGUGUGGAACUCUCCGUGUACUGAAUUUUAGGACGUCGCUUGGAGUCACUGGCCUCCUGGGCUUCUGAGGGGAGAUUACGUAGAGUGAUGGGGGUUUGUAUUGCUUACUCCCCCAGGUUAGUGCAGUGCUGAGAUACAGUGGCUCUGUUUUGAGGUUGUUUUUGUUUUGAGACAGGACUUCACUGUGUAGCCCAGGCUAGCCUGGGACUUGCUAUCUAGACCAGGCUGGCCUGGAACUCAGUGAUUUGCCUGCCUCUGCCUCCUGGGAUUAGCAUGCCCAGACUUCUGUUGUUUAUUGACAUAGGAUCUCUUUCUAUAACCCAGGCUGGGUUUCAGCCCACAGCAAUCCUUUUUCAGCCGCCUGAGUGCUGGGAUGACAGGCGCACCAUCAUGUGUGGCAGUUCCGUGGGUUUGCGAUGACAAAUGUGUAUAGAAAUGAGAUCUGGAUGCCACUGCAUUCCCCCCUCCAUCUCUCAGGGAGACAGAUAACCUCCUGCCUGGACCAAGAUGGUGCCACAUUUUCUAGCCCACAGCCUGUCCUUACUAAACCUUUCAGCAGACCUCAGUAAAUCCCCUGCCUCGGGUUCUACCCCUGCCCCACCCUUUCCUGACGCCACACCCUGCCAGUGGACUGGCAAUGCUUGAAGGGGCCCCGCCUUGUGGUCUCUUUGUAGAAGUGACACACACACCCUUCUCUCGUAAUUUCACAUUUUAAAAUGUGAUAGAGUCCACCUUACACUCCCUCUUCCCAUCUGCACCUUAGAAAAGACUUCUCUAAGCCAGGGAUGGGAUCCCUCUCCCAGAGGGGCCAGAGAUUUGCCUCCAAGGCCUCUGUCCAUUUUCAGUCCCUCCAGUCUGGGAAAAAAAUCUGUGAAUUUGUAUUAAAACCACAGUGCGGAGCCUGAGCACAGCCCAGCAGAUAAAGAUGCUAGCCAAAGAAGCCUGAAGAAGCCAGUUUAAUCUCUGGAACCCAUGUUUCAAAAAGGAAAAGCCAGGUGGGGUGGCAUGAAUCUGUAAUCCCAGGAUUAGUAUUGUGAGAGGGGAGGUAGGGAGAGCAAGCUUGUGAGCCAGCUGGCCUGCAGGGAGUGGACGGCCAGAGCUGACCCCGAAAGAAAGGUCGUCUGACUUCCACACGUUCACUGCAGCCUGGGCGAAGCCAUCGCACAGACCCCCACACACUGCACAAGCACAAAAUAAACAAGUAAAGAUUUCAAAAUGUGUGGGAGGAGCUGGUGUGGCAGGCGGGAGCCGGGCAGCUUGGGGUGGGUGCUUAGCCAGCCCUGCACAAGGUCCUGGGGUCCGUCCCCAGCUCGGUUUCGAUAGGAGAGGAAGACAAAGUUACAGACAGGAAGGACUUCGUUCUGGGCACUGUAAUCAGUGUAAGGUUGUUUGUUAGACAGGGCCUCGUGCAUCCCAGGCUGGCCUUCAGUUUGCUGUGUAGCUAAGGGCGACCUUAAACUCCUGGUUUUCCUGCCUCAGCUUCUCACGUGCUGGAGUGAUAGGUGUGCACCACUAUAUAUAUACAGUGCCGGGGGUGGACCCCAGAAUCGGGUGUGCUUUGUGCACAUCCACUGAGCUGCAAACAACUCAGCCCCAUUCCCAAAUUCUGGUCUUGAUUUGUGCUCCCAACACACACACACACACACACACACACACACACACACACACACACACACACGAGUAGGCUUGGAAAUGAUUGAGAAAAGCAAAGUGGACCCUGAUCCCUAGUGGCCCCUGCUGCAGACAGCCACUGUCUGGCCUCUGGCUGUGGCUGGGAAGCCGGGAGCCACAGCUGUAUUUAUUUUAACAUUUCUUUUCUUUUUUUGGUUUUUCGAGACAGGGUUUCUCUGUGUAGCUUUGGAGCCUGUCCUGGAGCUCACUUGGUAGCCCAAGCUGGCCUUGAACUCACAGAGAUCCGCCUGCCUCUGCCUCCCGAGUGCUGGGAUUAAAGGCGUGCGCCACCACUGCCCGCCUAUUUUAACAUUUCAUGAUACAGAAGGGAGACCCUUAGCCAGCCCCUGGCAAUCCCGAGCUGGAGGGACGGGGGCGUGGCUGCUAGGGGCUCAGUGGCUGCUGGGGUGUGUUGCGCCCCGCUCCAGCCCCGCUCCAGGAAUGGAGAGGCUUUGGCCUUUCUGGAGUGGAGGCUCAUCUUUGCUCUUUUCCUCCAUGGGCCACAUCUGCAGCAGGAGUGCAAGUGUGUGUGUGAAUGGCUACAGGUUCUGUUGGUUUUUUUCUUGGAGCUUCGAUGUUCGGUGGAUCUGUGGUAUCUGACACUGUGGACGUUAAUGUACUUCUUGGACAUUUUAAUAAAAUUUUUUAACAGUUCA